AUGACAGACAUUGACAAAUUAUUGAACAUCGACAACAUAAUUUCUAGACUCUUGGAAGGUAAGCCGCCGGUGGGCCAUGACAGAAACGCGGUUCCACCGUCCGCCUUUGAGUACCAAUUUCGGUCGGUCCCUGGGACCGAUGACUAUUAUUUUGUAACAAUUGUUGUAACUGUUCAACAGUGCGCGGUGCGAGACCUGGCAAGAACGUUCAGCUGUCCGAAGGUGAAAUUAGAGGCCUGUGCCUCAAGUCCAGGGAGAUCUUCCUAUCGCAACCCAUACUGUUGGAGCUCGAGACGCCGUUGA